AUGGCGGAAGAGGGGAACAGCUCGGGCGGGCGCGGCGUCCGGGUGUGCGUCACCGGUGGCGCCGGGUUCAUCGGCUCAUGGCUCGUCAGAAAGCUGCUCGAGGCAGGGUACACCGUCCACGCCACCCUGCGGAGCAUCAGGGACGAGGGGAAAGCGGGGCUGCUGCGGCGGCUCGUCCCCGGCGCCGCGCCGCCGGAGCGGCUGGUGGGGCUGCUGCGGCGGCUCGUCCCCGGCGGCGGGCCGCCGGAGCAGCUGGUGCUGUUCGAGGCCGACCUCUUCGACGCCGCCAGCUUCGCGCCGGCCAUCGCCGGCUGCCAGUUCGUCUUCCUCGUCGCCAACCCCUCCGCGCACGAGGCCGCCGACUCCAAGUACAAGACUUCGGCGGAAGCCGCGGCGGAUGGGGUGUGCGUCAUCCUCCGGCUAUGCGCGCAAUCUAAGACAGUGAAGCGCGUCAUCCACACCGCAUCGGUGACGGCUGCUUCGCCGCUGACAAAGUCCUCCAGCGCCGCGACCGCGGUGUACAGCGAUUUCAUCUCUGAAUCUUGUUGGACUCUGCUGGAUGUCGAUUACCCUCUCCGGAGCGUGCAUUUCGAUGUGCAAAAUGAUAAUCUUAGUGGCAACAUCAUCAUAGUGACAGUGUUGGGUGCUCAUCUGCAGAAGUACAUAGAGUCCAAGGUCCUGUCAGAGAAGGAGCUCCUCAGCUACAACGACGGCGAGAGCCCGGCGUUCGAGGUGGUCACCCUGUCGCUGGGCCUCGUCGGGGGCGACACGGUGCUCAGCCACCUCCCAGAGACGGUGGAGAGCAUGGUGGCCCCGGUAACCAAGCAAGAUCCCUACUUCAUGCUGCCGAGGAUCCUGCAGAGGCUGCUGGGCUCGGUGCCGCUGGUGCACGUCGACGACGUCUGCGCUGCGCUCAUCUUCUGCAUGGAGCAGCCCUCCAUCUCCGGCCGGUUCCUCUGUGCCGCCGCCUACCCGACGACCCUCGACAUCCUAGACCACUACAGCAGCAAGUACCCCCACCUUGAAGUCCUCAGAGAGACUGAUGAAGUAGCCAGGGUGCACCCCGAGAGGAGCAAGCUUUGGGAACUGGGCUUCAGGUACAAGUACGGGGUUGAGGAGAUACUAGACGAAAGCAUCGACUGUGCUGUGAGGCUGGGCUCCCUGGAUGCAUCCAAGCUCAUCGUCCAGCAGGAGUGA